ACGACAGCGGAGCCCACAACCACCACCACGACAGCGGAGCCCACAACCACCACAACAGCGGAGCCCACAACCACCACAACCACCACGGAGCCCACCACCACGACCGCGGAGCCCACCACCACUACCACAGAGGAGCCCACCACCACCACCACGACAGCGGAGCCCACCACCACCACAAUAUGCCAUGCCAUGCCACUGUCUACAAUCGAUCCAGAAGAUCUUGAGUUCUGUGGAUUUAAAGAGGUGCCUACUGUUUCCCCUAAUCCUACCAUAGCAUGCCUAUCAACAACCAUGCAACAGCCUGCUGAAGGAAUUGAUCCAGAAGAUCUUGAGUUCUGUGGAUUUAAAGAAGUUCCUCAUGAUCGUACCUCAGCGGGCCUGGAUGCAGCCAAGCCGCAGCCUGUCACAAUCGAUCCAGAAGAUCUCGAGUUCUGUGGAUUUAAAGAAGUUCCUCAUGAUCGUACCUCAGCAGGCCCGGAUGCAGCCAAGCCGCAGCAUGUCACAAUGGAUCCAGAAGAUCUUGAGUUCUGUGGAUUUAAAGUGGUUCCUCAUGAUCCUACCACAGCAUGCCCGGAUCCAGCCACGCCGCAGCCUGUCACAAUGGAUCCGGAAGAUCUUGAGUUCUGUGGAUUUCAAGAGGUUCCUCAUGAUCCUACCUCAGCAUGCCCGGAUCCAGCCACAAUGGAUCCGGAAGAUCUUGAGUUCUGUGGAUUUAAAGUGGUGCCUACUGAUCUACCAUAGCAUUUGAAAUUACAAAGCACCAACCACAACAGGUGCACCAAUUGUAACCAUUGGUUACCAAUCGUAACCAUAACAGCGUCAUGUUGAGGGACUACAAUACCAGCAGGACCUGGUACCCCGUACUCCUAAUUUUCACUACAGAAUGUUCAAUAUUUUGACCCAGCAUUGUUACACAAAUAAAAAAAACAAGGUUGAUCAACCUAACAA